AUAUUACAGAGAGGAUGGGUAAAGCUAAGAAGAUUAAGGUAUCUAAGAAUGAGAAGGGACCGGAGUCUCUGGCUGAUCAAAUAAAUCAAGGGAACUACGCUGCUCCUUCAGGUCGUGUUAAGGACAGGAAGAGGAAGAAUGAGGAUGAUGUCGAAGAGUAUGUGGAAGGAAAACUCAGCAGAUCUAUCAUGCAGCAAGCAAGGCUUCAGGCGGCAGAGUUGGAAAAGGAGUUGGGUACUGGUGUUAAACCUAAACCAAAGGAGACUAAACUCUCUCUUGGAGAUGAGGAUGAAGAUGAUGAUCUGGAGGAAGACGACCUGGAGAUUCAGAAAUACGAUGAUAAGGAGGUGACUGUUGAUGAGAACGAUGACCUUGCAGUUCGAAUGUUUAUGAGCAGGGAGUGUGAACCCCGGCGAACCAUUGCUGACCUGAUUAUGGAGAAGAUUGGGGAAAAGAAAACUGAGAUAGACACACAGUGCUCAGAACCUGGAGAUAUGUUUAAAGAGCUGGAUCCGCGAGUACAGAGUAUGUACGAAGAGGUUGGAACUAUUCUCUCAAAAUACAGGUCUGGUCGUAUACCCAAAGCGUUCAAAGUGAUAGCACAGUUCAGAAACUGGGAACAGCUCCUUUACAUCACACAGCCCGACAAAUGGUCAGCUGCUGCACUAUAUCAGGCUACUCGGAUUUUCACAUCUAACCUGAAGGAGAAGAUGGCGCAAAGAUUUUUUAAUCUCAUUCUCCUUCCUAGAGUAAGGGACGAUAUUGAUACUUAUCACAGACUAAACUUCCAUCUCUACCAAGCUUUAAGGAAAGCUUUAUUUAAACCUGGAGCGUUCUUCAAAGGAUUUCUUCUUCCUCUUUGUGAAGAGAGAAACUGCUCCUUAAGAGAAUCUAUAAUUAUAGGGUCUGUGCUCGCCAAGAAUUCUAUCCCAGUACUUCACUCUUCUGCAGCUAUGAUGAAAAUUGCUGAAAUGGAAUAUAGUGGAGCUAACUCUAUAUUUCUCAGAGUUUUGUUGGACAAAAAGUAUGCUUUACCAUACAGAGUCAUUGAUGCCAUUGUUCAUCAUUUUCUAGGAUUCAGGAGUGAGAAAAGAGAACUUCCUGUUCUAUGGUUCCAAUGUUUCCUAACCUUCUCCCAGAGAUAUAAACAAGAUAUCAGCUCGGAACAGAAACAAGCUCUUCUAGAUCUAUGCAAGAUCCAAGUCCAUCAUGGAAUUACCCCUGAAAUUAAGAGAGAACUACAACACGGAAAAUGCCGCGAUGAAGAACUAGAUGAACCCCCAAAUAUGGAAAUGUGAACACCAGAGGAAUACAUCAACCCUAACACUAGAUCAGACCAGUGGAUUUCUUUCUCAGAUCGCCGACCAGAGAGAACCCAGCGAGAGCGGAAAUUCAGAAAAUUUUCAAGAAAAUCUUAUUUUUGUACCUGCAUUCAUUCAGUUUGAUAAAUCUUUGAGAUAAUAUUUUAUUUUCAGA